AUUUUACUACCUGACGUCGAGCUUUUCAUAACGGCAUUAAUGGAGCCGUGUUUUCAGUUGGCGUAGUUAAGGUCUUGUCAUUUAUUAGCCUCAUGCUUAUGAGGCUUCUUUAGCUGCUUGCUCUCUCUCUCUCCCCCCUGUGUGGGUUUCAUCAUCCGCAAGCCUGCAACUUCAACGUGAAUUACUUGCCAUGGAAGAAGUUGAGCUUGCCUCUCAUUCGCAUUCAGAACAAAACCAACAAUCUAAUAAGGCAAGCAAACCAGAGAGUGUUUCCUUCUUUGGCUUGUUUUCUGCUGCAGAUACAAUUGACUAUGUCUUGAUGUUCUUGGGAAGUGUUGGUGCGUGCGUUCAUGGCGCCGCUCUUCCUGUAUUCUUCAUCUUGUUCGGUCGUAUGAUUGAUUCUUUAGGGCAUCUUUCUAAGCAUCCUCAUAAGUUGUCGUCACGCAUUUCUGAGAAUGCAUUGUACUUGGUCUACCUUGGACUGGUUGUUCUGGCAUCGGCUUGGAUGGGGGUCGCAUUUUGGAUGCAAACAGGGGAGAGGCAAACAGCUCGUUUGCGUUUCAAGUAUCUACAGUCCGUUUUAAAAAAGGAUAUUAAUUUCUUCGACAAUGAGGCAAGAGACGCUAAUAUCAUUUUCCACAUUUCAAGUGACGCAGUAUUAGUACAAGAUGCAAUCGGUGACAAGACAGGCCACGCUAUACGUUACCUUUCACAAUUCAUUGUUGGAUUUGCCAUUGGAUUUACGUCAGUAUGGCAGCUUACACUGCUCACCUUGGCUGUAGUUCCAUUAAUAGCUGUAGCUGGGGGAGCUUAUACUAUAACCAUGUCUACCUUGUCAGAAAAAGGUGAAGCAGCAUAUGCGGAAGCUGGGAAAGUGGCAGAAGAGGUAAUUUCUCAGGUUCGUACGGUUUACUCAUUUGUGGGAGAAGAUAAAGCAGUUUCCUCAUACUCCAAAUCACUUGAUAAUGGUCUGAAGCUGGGAAAGAAGAGUGGCUUUGCAAAAGGAGUAGGGGUAGGCUUAACAUAUGGACUGUUGUUUUGUGCCUGGGCAUUACUUCUUUGGUACGCAAGCAUACUUGUGAGGCACCAUAAAACAAACGGAGGGAAAGCAUUCACAACUAUCAUUAAUGUCAUCUUUAGUGGAUUUGCUCUUGGCCAAGCUGCGCCUAACCUCGCUGCCAUUGCUAAAGGCCGUGCAGCAGCAGCCAAUAUCAUGAACAUGAUUGCAUCAGUUUCAGACAAGUCUAAAAGCUUGGACAAGGGGAUUGUUUUGCCACAAGUGGAAGGGAAAAUUGAAUUUCGUGAGGUCUGCUUUUCUUACCCCUCAAGAUCAAACUUGGUCUUUGAAAAUUUGACCUUCACAGUAACUUCAGGGAAGACUAUCGCAGUUGUUGGUCCUAGUGGUUCAGGAAAGAGCACUAUCAUUUCUAUGAUUCAAAGAUUUUAUGAUCCCACUUCAGGUAAGAUACUAUUGGAUGGACAUGACCUAAAGAGUCUUCAAUUGAAAUGGUGGAGGAAACAAAUGGGCUUGGUUAGUCAAGAACCGUUGCUAUUUGCCACAACAAUAUCUGAAAAUAUUUUGCUUGGAAAAGAGGACGCAAACAUGGAUCAAAUCAUACAAGCAGCUAAAGCUGCAAAUGCUCAUUCUUUUAUUGAAGGCUUACCUAAUGGUUAUCUUACUCCGGUAGGAGAAGGCGGUACACAACUUUCAGGAGGUCAGAAACAGAGAAUAGCAAUAGCAAGGGCAGUGCUCAGAAACCCAAAAGUAUUACUUCUAGAUGAAGCCACAAGUGCUCUUGAUGCAGAAUCAGAAUUAAUAGUUCAGCAGGCCCUGGAAAAAUUAAUGUCAAAUCGGACUACAAUUAUUGUCGCCCACCGAUUAUCCACUAUUCGCGAUGUUGAUACAAUCGUGGUUUUGAAGAAUGGUCAGGUUGUAGAAAGUGGAACUCAUUCAGAAUUGAUGUCAAAAAAUGGAGACUAUGUGCAUUUAGUGAGUUUGCAAGCAUCAGACAACCCCAUGGCAGGUUCAAGCGCAAUAUCUCGAUCAGGAAGUUCAAGACAUUCAAGUUUUCGGGAAGCUUCAGAUAACCAAAAAUACCCCGAUGAAUUGAAGUCCAUUUCAACAAGAGAACCUCAACCUAGUGAUCAAAAGUCCGUUCCAUCCAUCCUAGACUUGCUAAAACUAAAUGCCCCUGAAUGGCAUUAUGCGGUACUUGGAUCAAUUGGUGCAAUUAUGGCAGGCAUGGAAGCUCCUCUCUUUGCUCUUGGUAUCACACAUAUUUUGACUGCAUUUUACUCCCCACAUGGUUCUAAAAUCAAGCAAGAAGUCGAUCGGGUCGCUCUUAUAUUUGUUGGAGUUGCUGCUAUUACUGUACCUGUUUAUCUGUUGCAGCAUUACUUUUAUACAUUGAUGGGAGAGCGUCUCACUGCCCGUGUACGCUUAUUAAUGUUUUCAGCCAUCCUGACCAAUGAAAUUGCAUGGUUCGAUUUGGAUGAGAACAACACUGGAUCAUUAACAGCUAUGCUAGCCGCAGAUGCAACGUUAGUAAGAAGUGCUUUGGCAGAUAGACUCUCAACUAUUGUACAGAAUGUAGCUCUCACUGUAACAGCAUUUGCUAUUGCCUUCACGUUGAGUUGGAAACUAACAGCUGUGGUUGCAGCUUGCUUGCCUCUGCUUAUUGGGGCUUCCAUCACUGAACAACUAUUUCUUAAGGGCUUCGGGGGAGAUUAUAGUGCAGCUUACUCUAGAGCAACUUCGCUGGCACGUGAAGCUAUCUCCAAUAUACGAACUGUUGCUGCUUUUGGUGCAGAAGAUCGAAUCUCGUUCCAAUUUGCCUCUGAAUUGAACAAACCUAACAAGCAAGCACUUUUACGAGGCCACAUCUCAGGGUUUGGUUAUGGUGUGACACAGUUAUUUGCUUUCUGCUCUUAUGCACUUGGCCUCUGGUAUGCUUCUGUCUUGAUCAAGCACAGAGAAUCUAAUUUCGGGGACAUUAUGAAGUCUUUUAUGGUUUUAAUUAUCACCGCUCUGGCAAUAGCAGAAACACUAGCUCUUACCCCAGACAUUGUCAAAGGAUCACAAGUUUUAGGGUCAGUUUUUAGUGUUCUCCGAAGGAGAACAUCUAUCCCACCCAAUGAACCCAACUCAAAGGUGAUGACUGAUGUGAAAGGAGAGAUAGACUUCAAAAAUGUACACUUUAGCUAUCCAAUGAGACCUGAAAUCACCAUUUUUGAAAACUUGAACCUCAAAGUUAGAGCAGGAAAGAGUCUCGCAGUAGUCGGGCAAAGCGGUUCAGGGAAGAGUACUGUGAUCUCACUGGUCAUGAGAUUUUACGACCCAACUCAUGGAAGAGUUUUGAUCGAUGGAUGUGAUAUCAGAAGCCUCAACUUGAGGUCCUUAAGGCUGAGAAUAGCUCUGGUUCAACAAGAACCAGCAUUAUUCUCCACCACAAUAUAUGAAAACAUCAAGUAUGGCAAAGAGGAGGCCUCAGAAAUUGAGGUAAUGAAGGCAGCGAAAGCAGCAAAUGCUCAUGAAUUCAUCGUUAGAAUGCCUAAAGGGUAUCAAACAGAGGUAGGAGAAAGAGGAGUGCAAUUAUCAGGAGGCCAGACAAGGCUUGCAAUCGCAAGAGCCAUUUUGAAAGACCCAUCUAUUCUCCUGUUAGAUGAAGCAACAAGUGCACUGGACACAGUUUCAGAGAGAUUGGUCCAAGAGGCUUUAGAAAAGCUUCUGGAAGGGCGAACAACCAUCUUGGUUGCACACAGGUUAUUAACAGUUCGAAAUGCACACAGCAUUGCUGUGUUACAAAAUGGAAGAGUGGUUGAAAUGGGUAGCCAUGAGAGGCUAAUUGCUCAACCUAAGAGCAUUUAUAAGCAGCUGGUUCGUCUACAACAGGAUAAUAGUGACCAAGCAUUGAAUUGAUCAUACACGUAUAUAGUAAAUGUAAAUUCACAUCUCAUUGUUUCAAAAUAUGAAACUCCUAUGUUGUAACGCUAAGUAUGAUAUUCUGCCAAAGGAUAAAUAACAGUAUAAUAUUUGUUUCUCAUCAUUCCUCUCACAGGAAGUUGUGUUUAUAGAAAAUGUAUACACAAAAUCUUGAAGAAGAAUUUGCUGUUUGUUUUAUAUUC